AAUAACGGUGCUAUUGCUAAGCGCUAGCAGUAUAUCGUGCGGAUAUUGACCGCAUGAGCUAGGAAAUCAAAACAGACGACCUUGAAUUUUUGUCUCGUCACCUUGAUUUAAAAUUUUAGCACAUUGCGGUAGGUCACAUAGUUUACAGAUAGUACAACCUACGCAGUAAAGAUGGCAGCUAUGGGAAGAAAAUUACUCAACAAUCUCAAAAGUAAAGAGUUCCGUGAUUAUCUUAUGAGCACACACUUCUGGGGACCGGUAGCUAACUGGGGUAUCCCUAUCGCUGCUCUUGGUGAUCUGAAGAAAGAUCCAAAGAUCAUAUCCGGAACAAUGACCACUGCUCUCUGUCUAUACUCGCUAGUUUUCAUGCGUUUUGCGUGGAAAGUUCAGCCUAGAAACAUGCUACUCUUUGCAUGCCACAUCACAAACUUUGCCGCACAAAGCACACAGGGUGCCCGUUUCAUUGAAUACCAUUAUCUGGGUGGCAAGAAAAGGAUUAGUAAUGCGCAACAGACGGCUUAGUGUCUACCAUCAGACAUGCCAGCAGUAGAACAAUUGCAACAUCAAAAUGGAAAAAAGGAAGGAAAAGUGAUUAACGUCAUGCAUAGCAUAAAAGUGUAAUGAAGGCAAAUAUCGGAUUAUGAUUUGUUUGUAACAUAGUUAACAAGGUCCUUUCGAAGUUGCAAAAUGAAGGAACAAAGAAUCUUUAAACGAAUAGCUCGUUUCAAUGGGCAACGCCGAGAGAUUUAAGCUACAAAACGAUUAAAACGAUAAACAAUGAUGGGUGGAAACUUGGUGCUCAAACAGAAGACCCAUGCUAUUGCACGAUAUAACAUAAUUAGAACACUAUACGGGAAUAAUGGUACCUGUUCGAAUAGAAAAACCGUACGACAUUUUACAAUAGUCUUUCUUCGGUCAUGUUAACGGUAGAAGCAGCUUUUUAUAGAGUAGGUUUUUAGACACAUUUAUCAUGCAACUUUAAUGCACGCGAUAUUUUAGAAGCGCACGAUACUAUACAAUCAAGUGGGAUCGUUACUAGAAACGUUAUCGUAAAAUUUCACGAUAGACAGUAGUAUUGACACUAGACAACAAAUCUUUAUACCUAAACCUGUUCUUCCCGCCCAUUUCAAAACCCGUACUUCAUUGUUAUUCGUAAAAGGCAUUAAAAACAGUAGCUAAAGUGGUAAAAGAGGAAAAAAAACUGGGAUAAAAUUAGAACAUCUUCGAAUUAUGAAGGCUCGAAAAUUAUAAAUUCUUCCUUAAACAGUUUGCCAAACGCAGUUUCAACAGCUGCCGAUUGAAACUCUCUACCCAGUGAUGAAACAUGAUGCUGUGGUGAAACAUUCUAGUACAGGACUCAGUUAUCUCAAGGAUCUAACCAAACAACCCAACGAUAGGGGCAUUGUGUUCUAUUUUAGCAACCAUUUGUGUUUACCAGCGAACCUAUAAGGUGUAAUUUUGUAACGAGAGAUUCUUUUUAUUUGUUGACAAUAAAGAUGGAGAGUAGUCGCACCA